CGAUAAAGAAAACCUCAAGAAUACAAUAUUACAGAAAGAGACAUCACAAACAAGUUUAACCAGACAAUCCUCAAACUUUUCAAAUUCAUUGAAGGAAAAUGUAUGUUUAUCAUCACCCAAAUUCAAGUCAUAUUCUCCUAGCACAGACAGAAAUUCAAUUCCAAAGUUCAAGCCCCUGCCACUGACAUUAGCAAAUUCCUUCAGUCCUAAAUACCUUCUCCACGAGUCUGAGAAUGAAAUCACUUAUUUACCUAACUAUCAGCCAGCCAACAAAGUGAAAGCUCCUUUAACACCGAGACAAUUUCAGCAAAAGCAUGUUUCAAGGGGGGAACACCGGUCUUGUAAAGCCCCUGGUGUAAGUAGAUAUUUUGUCAAUAUAAACUGUUUUAUUCUAUUAAUUAUUAUUAUUUGUGAACUUAAAAUAAUUUCAUUUUUGGCUGUACUAGGUAAGAUAUUUUUAAAAAUUAUUUUGUAUGUUAUUUUUAAGCAAUAUUUGUAACAUAGGCCUACUGAUGGUCAUUGUUUUAAAAAUUGAUAUGACAAAGAUAAUCUAAAGAAUAAUAUAAAUUCAGAGCAGAACUCUUUCUCAUUUUUUUUUCUCCUCUUUUGUUUAUCUCCCUUAGAUAUAUAAUGUCUUUUUCAUUCAUUUUAUUUCUUUUCCAGACUCCAGUGAUGCCAAGAACACUUCUGCAAAUGGCCCAAAAUAACAAUGCCCUGGAAACAUCCAUUUAGGACAGACUUCAAUUCAUUUUUUAUUGGAUACAAGAAACUGCAGACCUGGUAUUGGUGUUGGGAAAUUUAAU